AUGCCGACGCUCAAAGGCCACUGCAACUGCGGGGCGCUCGAGUACACCCUCGACGCCGAACCCGCCAACCUCCGACUCUCCGCCUUCUGCCACUGCACGCGAUGCCAGCGUAUCAACGGUGCACCAUACAUCUGGACCACUCACUGGAAGAAGGAGGCCGUCACCUGGUCCACGCCCUCCUCCUUCUCCACUUCUGCCGACAAGAUCGAUGCUGAGACGCAAAAGGUUUUCGGUGAAAACGUAACCACCGGUCAGCUGUACGAAGCUGUCGCGGGUCGAAAAUGGAAGUUGCGUUGCUCCCAGUGCGGUAAUCCGAUGGGAUCCUGGAACGAGGCGAAGCAGCAAUGGUCCAUCUGGCCGAGUACACUUGCUCGUCCAGACGGAGACAAAUCCGGAAUCCAAGGUGUGGAAAGCUUCGCACCCACAGCGCACUCCUUCUACGGUCCUUGGAAGGCCGUCACCGUCAACGACGAUCUACCCAAGUUCCUCGGCUAUCCGAACCAAUCCCAGCAAGUGGAUCGUGAUGCUGAACCUCUCCCGAACAACUUCAACAUCAACGAUUUCAACCCGCACGAUCCACGAGACAUGGUCGGAUACGGUCCGAAUCCUCCCCACCCACACUGGCCAAACGACGCACGAAUCGCCGUAUCGUUCGUAGUGAACUACGAAGAAGGUGGUGAGAAUACCACGUUGAACGGCGACUCGGGAGCCGAGCAGUACUUGACGGAAUACGGUGCUGCCAACGGUUCCAAGCCUCCUGCCAACGUGAGGAAUCUGAGUGUGGAAUCGGCGUACGAGUUUGGAUCUCAUCGAGGAUUCUGGAGGAUCCUGGAUCUUUUCAAACGCAACAAUUUGAAGUUCACCAGUUGGUCGGUGGGUCGAGCGGUGGAGCAGAAUCCAGCUGUGGUCAAGGCGAUGGAGGCAGCAGGUUGCGAAGUAGCGAGUCACUCGUACCGCUGGUUCGACCACUCUCUCAUGACCCAGGAAGAGGAACGUCAUCAGAUCCAAGCUGCGAUCAAGGCGAUCAAGCAGGCGAGCUCCCACUCUCGCGAACCACGAGGCUGGUACACCGGACGUCAAUCCAUCAACACCCGACGCCUCGUCUACCAAGCCUACAAAGAGCUAGGACUCGAGAAAGAACUCUACGACUCGGACGCCUACGACGAAGACCUCCCCUACUGGGUCCCCGCUCCCGACGGGACCCCCAACGAACACCUCCUCGUCAUCCCCUACACCCUCGACAACAACGACAUGCGCUUCGCCAUCACCCCCGGCUUCUUCAACUCGGAAAGCUUCGCAACCUACCUCAUCGACGCCUUCGAAACCCUCGUCGCAGAAACCUACCUUCCCGAAAACAAUCCCAACUCGGUGCCCAAGAUGAUGAGCAUCGGUCUGCACUGCCGAGUCGUAGGCAGACCGGGCAGAUUCCAAGGUCUCCAGAGGUUUGUUGAUCAUGUGCAGAAGAGGAACAAGGAGCUCUUGGAGCAAGGGGCUGGAAAGGGCGGUGUCUGGGCCGCGACGAGGGAGGAGAUCGCCAACCAUUGGAGAACCACCCACCCGCCUACCAACAAGACAACUUGA